CUGACAUGGGCGUAACGAGGCUAGUGAGUACUGUGAGAGUCAACAUCCCUGGCGUCUCCCUUGGCUCUGUCCAGGUCAAACACCAAGAAAAGUGGGGAGUUAUGUGUGAUGAUUCAAUCUCCGAGAAGGAGGCGAAGGUUAUUUGCCGGACACUGGGAUACAAUGACGGUUGGUCUUCAGCCUUCUCUGGGUCCUAUUUGGUGAGGCAACCGGGCCAAUGAUCGUCGACACUCCUAAAUGCUUAGGAAGCGAGCAAUGGUUAGGCCAGUGUCCUAAUAUUAACUUUGGGUCUAGUGACUGCCCCGUACUCGGCGAAGAUUUUGGUGUUUUCUGUUAUGAUGAGGGGGUAGAAGUAAGGCUGGCUGACAACGCUUCUCCGGACAGUGGACGAGUAGAACUGAAAUUGGGCGGAAUGUGGGGCACUGUAUGUGAUUCAGGAUUUGAUGUUUAUGAUGCUCAGGUCUUGUGUCGAAUGCUUGGAUACGAUGGUGAUGCAUCUGCCCGAAGGCAGUCGGGCCUCAGCAGUGCAGAGGUCGUUUGGGAUCUCAGGCUCGACUGCCUGGGGGAUGAGAAAAAUGUCCAGGAUUGCAGGAUAAGGCUCCUUAAUAGAACCUGUCCCUCUUCCCACACAGCUGGUGUUACCUGCUCAUUUGGCCGCGGAAGAGUGGAUGCUGACCUUAGAGCCGCCCUCGGCAACCUGGACUGCGGCCUCCCUGAGGAUUCCUCCAACCAGUUCCUGACCAGGCUGGCCCGAGUUCGGGGAGGCUUCCCGCCUUCACGCUUCGACACACCAUGGCUCGUUUCACUUCGCAGGACCAACCCUAGAGAAGAAAGCCUGCUCUGUGGAGGAACCAUAAUUUCCGAAGACUUCGUGAUCACUGCUGCCCACUGUUUAACAAGAGCAGGAAGGUUGAACACGGUCAUCAGGGUAGGAGACUAUAAUUCCGAUUUCACCGAAGAUUCUGAACAGGACUAUUUCAUCGACAAAGUGUGGAUACAUGAGUAUGAAGAUGAACACGGCUUUAAUGAUAAUGACGUCGCCCUCAUCAAAAUCGAGAGGAAGAAUGGCCGCGGAAUAAGGUUCGGUCCACGUGUGAAGCCCGUCUGUUUGCCUCGGUGUAUGACGACUAUGCCGAAUUGAGUAAAUGCACCGUGGUCGGCUGGGGUCCGACGUUUUUCUUGGAUGACCCCGAGGCAAGACCACGGGAGGCCGAGACAGACAUCUUGUCAGACUAUAUUUGCGAGGGGAGCAUCGGAGGCCCGGACAACUACACCUCGUCCAUGGUGUGCGUCGGGCGCUUCAACCCGAGGGUCAACGCCUGCAAGGGGGAUUCCGGAGGGCCCUUCACGUGUCCCGUCAACGGAAGGCAGACGUUGUACGGCAUGGUGUCCUCCGGCAGGGCCUGCUCCUUCUCUGCUUCGGCAGAUCUCUAUGUCAGGGUGACGAAGUUCGUCGACUGGAUAUUGGAGAAAGUUCUCUCGACUCAAGUCAGACGGUUCUGAUUCAUCUAUGUGAAGGGAGUGCCGGUGGGAAGCUGCCAAGGAAGGACGACUGGGGAGAUAAGACGUCGUUGUAAGAAGAGCGCUGUGAACUGAGGCGCGGAAACAGAUUUUAAUCAGCAGUUGGUAGCAGCUCUAAUCAUAUCAAGUAAUGGUUAAGAAUGAUUAUAUGGAUGAAGGUGAUAAUGAUGAUUUUUUAAUUAUGAAAAACUGCCGGUAACUAUGCAUAAUUAUACUCAUUUCUGGUAAAUGUGAUUAAGUCUAACCCAACGGAACUUGACAUUGGAAACGAUGUAAAACUACCUCUAAUUUUCAUAGAAUCUAACAAACGAUUACAUUUGCUAAACAUUUUUGCACGAAGAAAUAUUCACAGAAACGAUACAUAAUCACAAACAAGCAAACAAAAAAGUAUGUUGGAUUAUGGAGUGCAACCGUCUUAACUGAAAUCAUUCCCACUUGUGUUUGAAAUGUUUAUCGUUUUCAAUAAAGAUAUCAAUAUUUUCUCAAA